AUGAUUGGCUCUGGAAUAUUUGUGUCACCACGUUAUGUCCUUUUGCAUUCUGGUUCAGUUGGUGUUACCCUAAUGGUAUGGAUAUCAUCUGGUGUUAUGGCAAUGUCUGGAGCUUUGUGCUACUGUGAGCUGGGGACAAUGAUUCAACGUUCUGGUGGCGAACUUACCUACAUUCGUGAAGCGUUAGGUCCAUUAGCAGGUUUUUUAGUAAGCUGGACAAUGGUUCUGAUAUUGAAGCCAGCCUCUGUAGCCAUCAUUACAUUGAGUUUCGCAUCAUAUGCUAUUCAGUCAUUUUUGAAUGAGAAAGACAUGGACACUGAACAGCUUAUCAAAUUUAUAGCUGCUGUCUGUAUCAUUUUGAUUACGACUGUGAACUGUGUAAGUUCACGAUGGGCUGGUCAGAUGCGGGUCAUUUUUAUGGUAUUGAAAUUACUGGCUAUUGGCAUUAUAGUCUUGAUUGGGGCUUCUCAAAUUGUCACUGGACACUAUGAGAAUUUUUAGUCUCCUUUUAAAGGUACAAAACCAAAUAUUGUAGAAAUCGCCCAUGCUUUCUUUAGUGGACUUUGAGCUUAUGAUGGCUGGAACCAACUCAAUUAUGUCACAGAGGGGCUGCAAAACCCUCACAAGAAUCUACCACGUGGAGUCAUGAUUGCUCUCCCUCUCGUCACAUUUUGCUACACUCUUGUUAACAUAGCAUAUUUCAGCAUCCUGACACCAGCAGAAGUUCUCUCAUCUAAUGCAGUGGCUGUUUCAGUGGCUGAAAAAGUGCACCCCUCCCUUGUUGUCAUUAUGCCGCUGUUUGUAGCUUGCUCCUGUUAUGGUGCUGCUAAUGGCUCUAUUUUCACCAAUGGAAGAGUGGUAUGUUCAGCUGCUAAGGAAGGUCAUAUGCCUCACUUUCUAGCCACCAUUAAUACCCAUUUUAAUACACCAUUGCGUGCCAUCAUGUUCCCAUCAUCUAUAUCCCUCUGCCUGUUGAUGAUUGGUAAUUUAGAUUCUCUACUAACCUGCUUCAGCUUUGUGGCUUGGAUUUUCCUUGGUGGAACUUUCCUUUCUCUUCUGAUCCUACGUUGGAAAAAGCCCCAUGAUCUAUGUCCUUACAAAGUAUGGAUUGGGAUCCCUGUUGUCAUGUUAGUGGUAUCCUGUUGUCUUGUUAUUGCACCUUUGUUAGCAAAACCACAAACAUCUGCAGUUGCAUUGGUUUUUGUCUUGUCUGUGGUCGCUGUGUAUUUGCUUUUUGUUGACCGCAGUAAAUAA